AUGGCAAACGGCUGGAGCCUCCUCGUCGGCCUCAUCUUCAUCCUCGUCUUCUGCGCCGUCGCCUGGUUCGCAAGUCCGAAGGGGGAGAACCAAACUAUCUGGCGCUCCACCCUCAUCCUCUCGGCCUGGUCCUGCUACAUCAUGUGGGCGGUGACGUUUCUGGCGCAGUGGCAUCCGCUUAUCAGGCCUGAGCGGGGCGAUCUGAGGCCGAGGGUGGUGGACCAUGGGCCGGAUGGGAUGUUUUGA